AUGGCUCCCCCGAUAUGGCUCGUCUUGCGAGGCAUCAAGGAAGGGAGCGAGACCUCGUCCUCGGCGGCGGCGGAGAGAAGGAACCCUUCGUACAGCGAGCCGUUGGUUGGCAUGGUCAUAAGUGUCAUCCUGGCCAUGGUCUCGCUAGUUAUUAUCUCCUCGUUUCUGACCCAAAGGUAUCUGGCGGUUAAGCUCUGGAGCAGACUCCCUUUUGUUCAAUACUUGGUGUUCGCUAUCUAUGCUGAUUCCUUUCUGUUUGUGUUUGCUACUGGCAUACUCCAGUUUGGUUUUGGUGUGGGAUACUCGGUAUCAGUGUGCGAAUCAGCCAUUCUAUUGUGUCUGGCUUGCUAUGUAACGACAAAGCUUAUCUACAUGUUUCUGGUAGAAAAAGCCUUCAUCAUACGAUCAGGCUCCAAGAGAAGGCGCAUGACGUCGAAGCUCUAUCUGUUCAACUCGUUCGGCAUGAUCGGGGUUUAUUGCGUUGUUGUCGUUAUGAACUUCAUCUAUCGCAUCACGAGGGUGGAAAACGGCCAAUGCAUAAUAGGCAUGAGGAAGGAAGCCAUGAUCCCUCUGAUAAGCUUCGAUCUGCUCGUCAAUAUAUAUCUUACCUUGGUAUUCUUAAUACCAUUAUCCAGAACGUACACGUGGAAGAACUUUGUCCACACACCUGGCAGUCGACGUCUCCGAACCGUGGCCAUGAGAACUUUUGUGGGUUGUGUCUGCACAUUGACCAGCAGCGUGGUGAACCUAUCCGUGCUUAUGGCUCUCGAUGGCGAGCCAGGCUGGGUGUGCCUGAUGUGUUGUAAUAGUGAUAUCCUCUUCAGUGCAAUUGUCAUCCAAUGGGUCACCUCCCGCGACAGCACUAGCUCGGCGGCCUCUACUGAUUCUGUCAGCGGAGGAGCAUCUCGACCACGAAGUCAGCACAACAACCACACUAGUCACGGGGGAGAGGAGUUGGCCGGUCUCGACAACAGCCAUCACCGCUGCAACGUUAACAACCGGCAGAAGGAUUCUCUCGAGGGGGAUAAGAAACAACAAGCGAGAAACAAGUCGCUGAACAGAAAAGGCCUCGUGUCAUCCACCGAUGCCAUCGUUGCAGACGCUGCCGAGAUGUCGAUCAACCACGCCGAGUUUGGAGGGGAUGGGGAUGUCUCGCCGCGAAGUACAGAGGUCAACACGGUGUGUUAUGAUGACGGUAGGGACAAGGAAACCAACAGGAGGCCGUACACGAGCGGUUCGCUGACCAGAACGACGACAACCACGACGACCAACAACCCGCACGACGACGAUGGCGCUGCUGCUGGAAGGUUCCCCCGUCUGCCGCCGGCGCUGGCAACAUCAACCGUCCGGCACCACACCUCAGAAGUUAGAGUCGACGUUGAUUACGGCGCGACGAGUCUGAGUAGCCGCGAGAUUGCCGAUGGGGAGGAGGCUAGGUUGGGGAACAGCAUUGUGAUUGGGUCUGGGACGAGCGUGUGCGGUGUGACGGAUGUCACUGGGGGCGGGAGGUGGACAAAACAACCGCCGGCUUGGAGUCCAGGAACGGGGCCGGGGCUUUAGUGGGGUUCGAACUGGAGUUGUGGUGAGCACCGGGAUCAGUGCCAAAGGAGAAGCACGGUGAGCUAUCCGAUCCUUGGGGUGUUGAGGGAACAUGUCGUUGAGGGAAGGGGGUGGAGGGAUUGGAGGAGAAGGACUGCUGAGGAGGAGGGGUCGGAGAAGGAGAAGAGGGGUGAGAAGUGCGGGAAGAGUUGGGGUUGAGAGGAGGAGAAGAAGAAGAAGAAGAAGAAGAACAGGUGGGCGGGAAGGUAAGCAAGAGAGGAGUUUUUGCUUUGGUGUGUUUUACUUGUUUCGCACCCUAGGACUCAGGUUGGUUUGGAUACCUUUUUGUUUGGGGGUUGAUUUUUCGAUGGUAGGAUACAUGACCUACUUGCAUAAUGAACAUUGAUUAUGGCUCCUCUGGGGACCUGAUGCUAUGUGGCAUGGAAGUCUCGACUGAGUGGCUAUGAUGAGAUACAAAACUGAUGGCAGAAAGACUUUGCCUGAGAUAAGCGUGCAUGACCGUAGGUAGCCAUGGGGAUCGAGUUUCAAUUAUGAUGACAGUGUUCCAAUCAUCUGAAAAGUCGCAGCCAAGAGGGGAGACAGAAGAAGUGAAGUAAACAAACAAC